AUGUCUUCGCCUCUGCCAUCUACGUUUGCCUCCGCGGCUGCUGGAAACACACAAGAAUCGGCCGCUGGGUCGAGGAGAGAGGUCAUGAAUAGCGGUGAAUGGUCUCGAAAUCGCAUGAACGGAGCUACACAGACGUUCCGCCGCCCUUCUGUUGCCACCAAUCCUUCCCACAGCCGAGAGAACGCGCCGGCGGCCGUGGCCAACACCUCCAAUCCUACCAGUGCUGCGUAUAUCCCACCCCACCUCAGCUCCAAUUAUCAAUCGUCGCGUAACGGGGACAGUAGCUAUUCCAAGGAGCAGCUACUCAGUCUUUAUAAAAACCAGCGGGGAUCAAAGGACUGGGGGAAGUCGAUUUCUGGAUAUUUUAUGGGCGACUGGAACCCUCGCAGUGAACGCCCACCAACCAACGGAAGUUGGGGCAAGCAGGACGACUCCAAAGACUAUAAUGCCGCAGGCCCGGAAGUCUGCUGGGAUCAUAAAGGCCAAAGCGAACCACUAGGCUUAAUGGAUAUGAACGAGGAGGAGAAAGAACUGUUUUCUACCUCCGUCAACUCACCUCUCAAACCUCCACCCCAAAAUACCAACAAGGAUGGAGCUUCGACCGGCAGUACGCUUGGCCGCAAAUUGUCGGUCUCUCAUGGUCAUAUGAAUGCAUUUAAUUCAACUUCACCGGCCUCCACACGCACCGUCCCUCGGAGGCGGGGGACCGGUGACUCGGGGAAUCCGCUGUCACCUACCAGUUCCCGCUUCUUCCGCGAUGAAUCAAACGUUGCGACUCCGCCUCCGUCCAUCCUACGCCGGAAAACCGACAUUAAGGAAUCCGCCGUUGACUCCAAAUGGGAGGAGAAGGAGAAGAGCUUUGCCGAACGGGACCCCUCAUUCGACAUUAGCUCGCCAUUCGGCUCUCUUAAACGAAGUGCUACGAACCCCGUCAGCGCGGGUGCCCUUGGCUCCAAUUCUCCAUGGUCGUCAAAUCAGGGCUCGGCGUUCGGUUCAAUGGGAGUUGGAGCCUUUGGAAAUUUCGCCAUGGGCAGCGUUGCACCGCAGAGCGCUACGGAAAAGAAACCGGGCUUUGGAAGCUUACGCGGUGAAAGUCGGUUUAAAAAUCUACUCUCCAAGGGCAGCUCCGAAGACAUGUCCGGUAGCAACAAGGACAAGUCGUCUGCAAUUGGUCUUGACCGGCUUGCCGAAACUGAGGACGACAUGCCCAGGGAAACGACCGAGGAAGCCUUUAGGAACCGCCCGUCUCGUAGCGAAACUAAUCCCUUUGUCGAUGAACGCCGUAGUGGAAGUGCUGCACUUGGAGGCCAGGAGAUAGGCACGUCCGGGAUAGGAGGGAUCGAUCAGUUCGGUCUCUCCUCGUUCGGGAUGCCGGGAGGCACAUCCGCUCUACGUGAUCUAGUUGCGUCAUCUCAACCCCCUAACCAUACGCACCAUGAACCCAUGAGCCCAACGCAUACUAACCCUUACCAGAGUCCGCGUGGCGAUCGAAACAACGACGUCGGUCUUGGAGAUCCCGAUAAUGAAGGCUCUGAUAUCCAGCAACACGCUCGUCUGCCUAACAUCAGCGAUCUGCGCGACGAUUCAGGCCAUGGCUCGUUCAGCGCCAUGUCUCGCUCAGGAAUCAUUUCCGAUAUUCCUGCCGCUGAUCGCAGUCAGACAUCGAGCGUAGGCGCCAAUCGUGGGUUCCCCAGCUUGGGAGGAUUGGGCGGCUUAGGUUCUCUCGGGAACUCCGGCGGAUGGCCGACAAGUAGCGCCACAGGCACGCCAACUCGAGAGAGACCUGCGUUUGGUUUUGGUGAUCCAAUAUUCGGACCAAUGUCUGACUUACAAUCGCCUGGCGCAUCUGGUCUGGGAGGAGCUGGCAUCUUUGGUUCGCAAACCAGCCUCUCAAAUAUGGGAGCUACCUCACGUCCCAGUAAAUUGGGCUCUCUCUUCCCGCCUGCCAUGCAGGACCAAAUGCGCAAUGAGCAGUCACACUCAAACGAAGAGCCUGGAAAACCACAAGAUCCCUUUAUGUCUCAUGAUAAAUCUAGUGCAAUGUUAACCCAUCCAACGUCAACUACGUCUCACACCCCUGUAGGUACUUCUGGCGGUGGAGCAGUCACCAACCCUUCGGCCCAAUCACUCUUGGACGGGAAUAUGCCUCAGAGCCAGAACGCAGGCCAAUUCGGCGGUUCUUCAUCCAGCCAGCUCCCUCCCGCGCAACAGCGACAGAUGGUUAUGCCUGAUCGUAUGCGCUGGAUCUACCGUGACCCACAGGGUAACACUCAAGGACCCUGGUCUGGUUUAGAAAUGCACGAUUGGUUCAAAGCCGGUUUCUUCACUGCGGAACUACAAGUCAAGAAACUUGAAGAUGUAGAGUAUGAGCCUCUCGCUCAACUUGUUCGACGUAUCGGCAACUCCCGCGAACCGUUCCUAGUUCCGCAAAUUGGUGUCCCUCACGGUGCGCCAAUGAGCCAGCCAGGACCAUGGGGGGCAGCACCACCGUCACAGGCCGGAGCUGUUCAGCCCCCGUUCGCAAGCAGCUUCCCUAGCUUCGGCACUACUCUUACGGCUGAGCAGCAGAAUGCAUUGGAGCGCCGAAAGCAGGAAGAACAAUACCUCAUGGCGAGGCAGAAGGAACACCUUGCACAGCAACAGGCGUUAAUGAAGAUGCAACAGAUCCAGGGCCCUGCUCAUCCUAUCAACCCGCAACAGCUGCAGCAUCAUUCUAGCGCCCAUAGUCUCCAGAGUCAGCCUAGCUUCGGUAGCAUCACUUCACCUGCAGCUUUCCAGCCUACACCGAUGCAAGGCCCUAUCCAACCACCUCAUUCCGUGCCUGCUUUCUUCGAGGGCCCUAUGAGACAGAACACUGGACCUCCAGGCUCCCAGGCCGGAGCACCGGAAUUCGGCGUUGGCCACGAUGAAAUGCCUAUCUUGAUGGAUAGGAUAAACGUCAAUAGGGGAGCGGGUCAAUUUGGGUUCAAUAAUGCUGGUUCUUUCCCACCAGGACACCAAGAGAACCAAGCGCACAACCAGGCUGUUUCCACCAUGUUGCAGGACCGCAGCCGUCUUCAGCAGGAGCAGGAGAACUUUACCAAAGCCCAUCCUGAGUCUAUCUUUGACCAGCAAGCGAGAGAUGAGCGGGUUCGUCAAUUUCAUGCUCUCAGAAUUGCCGAUGAGGACAUCCCUGUUCGACGCACCGAGGAGCCGAGCAGCCACCGAGAAGCUAACCAGGAACAACGAUCACAAGAAGAAUCUCCUGUCCCAAACGACCAGAACCACUUCAAUCAAGGUGAUGAGCAGGAACUUACCCUAACUCAAAAGGUGCAAAAUGCUGCUUCGGCACAACGGCUUCACCAACAACAACAGCAGCAGCAGCAGUUUAACAUUCAGGCUCCCCCAGCGGAAGUUGAAUCUCCAUGGGCAAAGAUCGAUAAUGGGCUGCCACAGCCAUUCCCACCACCACCUUCACAGUCACCACUUCCAGCUCCAGCUGCACAGCGCAACCGCCAGCACGUAGCAGACAACCUUGCAGCGGAGACCCGUUCCGAGACCCAAACCCCUAAUGAAGUACAUGCCACAUCUGUCGCACCAUGGGCCAAGGAACACUCUGAAGCCGCCAAAGGGCCCUCUCUUCGUGAAAUUCAAGAAGCUGAAGCUCGUAAGGCUGCAAAGCUAGAAGAACUUGCUGCCGCCACACGCCGAGCCAUAGCCGAACAGGAGCGCGCCAAUCCACCGCCUGCCCCUGCGCCGGGCCUCCCGUCAACCGCCAACUGGGCCCGAAGCGGAUCUGCGUCCACCCCAACAACAGAUGCAGCUUCAGCAUGGUCGAAAUCGGUAGGCGGUAAGAACCAGGCAACCCCCACCACUACCGCGCCAAAGAAGACACUGGCGCAGAUCCAGAAGGAGGAGGAAGCCCGUAAACAGCGUACUGCUGCCGCGGCCGCUGCCGCUGCAUCUGCUGCUAACUCCUUGGGAACUGCAGCUGGAAAGCGCUAUGCUGAGCUUGCUAGCAAAAUGACUGCCCAGCAGCCCGCAUCACCUGCUGCUGCGAGCGGCGCCUGGACUACCGUGGGAGCUAGCGGCAAGGCCAAGGCAUUGCCUGUUACUACUGCUGUCAACUCAAGAAACGUCCCUGGUUUGACCCCCAGCCCGACGCCAGCUACGAAGCCCAAAUCCAUCAUGUCUCGAACCGUAAGCAUUGGUAAUUCCGCAGCUGCUUCGGCCAAUCGUCCAGCCGAAGAGCUGGCGAAAUGGGCGAAACUAGCCCUGGAGAAGGGACUUAAUAGUUCUAUUAAUGUGGACGACUUUGUACAACAGCUCCUCUUCCUACCCCCAGAGUCGGAAAUCAUCUCAGACUCCGUCUAUGCCAACUCCCAAACCCUUGAUGGCCGCCGCUUCGCCGAAGAAUUCAUCAGACGCCGUAAGCUGGCAGAUAAGGGCAUCGUUGACCCUGCUUCUUCCGGAGCAGGCGCCUUCGGGUCACCAGCUGAAUCCAAGAAUGCAUCCGACGGCUGGAACGAGGUCGCCAAGAAGGGGAACGCGGCUGCUAGUCGUGAAGACACGACAGCCAGCAAUGCUGCCUUCAAGGUGGUGUCUAAGAAGAAGGGCAAGCGGUGA